GGUGUCGCGACUUCGCAGCCAUUACAGGAUAGUCAAAUUCUAUCCAGAAAAAUAAUUAUGGCUGCACCAUCUCCAGAUCCCGCUAUGGACCUCGUUCCUAUCAAGCAAGAAGAAGAUACGGCUGAAAAUGACGCUCCAGCGCAAGAACCCAAGCUUCCAACCAAAAAAGAUAUCUCACUCAAAGAGUUUCUUGGGAAGAUGGAUGAUUAUGCUCCAAUUAUUCCUGAUGCAGUGACAAACUAUUACCUCACAAAAGCUGGUCUUCCACCCCCACCGCAAACAGAUGCGCGUUUGGCUCGUCUGCUUGCGCUUGCGACUCAGAAGUUCAUCGCCGAUAUUGCAGCCGAUGCUUAUCAAUAUUCCCGCAUUAGGUCUUCCAAUUCCUCAAGUGCCAACAAUCCUAUGGGAAACCUGGGCGCUGCCGCUGGCUUCCCAAUUCCAGGUCAGCAACCAGCUGGCGCCACUGGAGGAAAGGAUCAGCAGGGACGUGGAGGACCUCUUGGUAUCCAAAGACCUGGAUUCGGUGGUGGUGGGCAAGGAGGUAGUCAAAACCGAACGAUUCUCACCAUGGAAGAUUUGGGUAUGGCCGUCGGGGAAUAUGGCGUGAAUGUAAAACGCGGGGAGUUCUAUCGUUAAACUCGCAACAUUAUAAGGUAUAAUUUGGGAAGGGUUUGGGGGAUUCAAUGGCGUUACAAUUCACAAGGAGUUUUGAAGGGUAUGGAGAACGACCCAUCACGAAAUUGUAUAACGGUUCUAUAUUCCAGGUACA